AUGGGUCCUGUGCUGUCCAGACGGCGUCGCCAGCUGCCCAGGCAGUUCCUAUCCCUUUCGGAGCUCCAGCCUGCCCCUCCUGACGCUCUCAGAGUCUGGCCUUCUGCUGGGCCGCGGGUCUCUCACUGGCAGAAUGGAGUUCUCGGAGCUGAUCCAUACGGGCUGGGCCCAAGCAGAGUUUCUACAGGGCCCGGAGGCGCCCCCGCUUCGCGGCACGCUGGGGCACGGCCAGCGCAGUCAGAGCUGGCGCCCUCCUGCGUAAGCCCAAUCCGGGAAACUCGUUGCCCCUCUCCUGGGAAAGGACCGUCCCUCCCCAGGGUUGCGAGUGACUCGGGCACCAUCACCCUGUGCUGUAAAGACCUGCGAGUGCUGCAGCUGGCAAUAGAGGGCGCGGAAGCGACGCUGGGCAUCGCCCGCUCCAUCGAGGGCCUGAGAUUGGGCGACUCCUGGCACUUCCUCCCGCCCGAACGCUACUGCAAGAGAGUAGCUCGCGAAGUGGGCGCGGUCGUAGGGGCCCGGGAAGGUGGAAGCGCCGGGCCUGGAAGAGGCGCGGGGACAGGGCACUCCCUGGGUGCCCUAGACCUGGCCUCUCUCCUCCCUGCGCUGCAGACCAACGCGUGGCGGCUGAGCGAGGUGAACGAGGACUUCAGCUUGUGCCCCAGAUACCCCCGUGCGGUGAUCGUGCCACACUUGGUGGACGAUGAUGCCCUGGCGCGCAGCGCCCGCUUCCGUCAGGGAGGUCGCUUCCCGGUGCUCAGCUACCACCCGGCUCCCAGCGGCAGAGGGAGCGCGCCCUCCCCACGCUCCGCCCCUGGGUGGCUGCGUCCUUUCUGGGCCUUUUCUUUUUGGCCCGGUCAAUUCGCGGCGUAGCCGCUGCCCCAACUCCUGCCCCAUUCUGGUCCCGCCCCUCUCCCGCCUUUUCGCUGGGAAGGGUAUCACUUUUCUCUGGCCCCGCCCCUG